GUUUUGAAUGAUUGAACUGUCAAUGCGUUGUGACAACAACAAGUUAUUUGAUAUCACGGACGCGCGGCAAGUGGUCCUCUCAGUUUACAUAGAUAAAUUGCCCAGAACGCGAGUGAUUAUUCAAUGAAGUGUCUACAAAUGAAAGAUAAGCUGCUUUUGACCGAAAAUGCGAAUUUGGAAAACGGGUUGGAGUGCGUUUAAAAUAUCUUCAGUGCUUAGAAGAAGCUCGGAUUCGUAAGUCGUGUUUAUUCGUUAGACAAUGGCCUAUUGCGAACUCCUAGGGGAAAUUUAAACAACAGUAAGAUUCGCUUGGCCGAGUUAUGUCAAACGUCUUGCCAUGUUCAUUUGCGCGAUUGCGUCGAAUCUUGAAACGUCCACGAUGCUGUGGGUUUCUUGUGAUAGCAUGGAUUUUUUGCUUCGUCGUAUUUUGUAUUAUGACAUACAACACGCCAGCAAUAGACAGAACAGUGAACCAACACAACUUUGAUGAAAAUGGGUCAGGAAAUUACGUAAGAUUGGGGAAUGAUAACAACAUUCAAGAAACUUACACCAGAUCUCGCAAAGCUGCGCUUAUUAUCCACAAAUGCACGAAAUCGGCCACUCCUAAAAUGGUCAACUAUAUUACGCGGUAUCUCGAAAGUUUCCGAAUUCAUUACGUAAUCACCCGAACGGAUGAUCGUUUACUCGUCGAUCUGAAGUACGAGAUGAGAAAAGACUCUAGCAAGGCAAAAUACUCCUUGAUCAUUUUCUACGAGUUUCAGACGUUUUUGUCUCUCAGCCAACUAGCUAGAGACGUUAUAGACAAUUAUUGCGCGAAAUUUAAGGCGGGGCAAAUAUUUUUCGCUGGUAACAAUUACGGGAAAAUUUCGGAAUUUAAUUUGGAGAUAAAGCGGGUGGAGAAAGACAGAACGCACAGCUUGCGAAUUAACCCUGAUUCAAGAAUUCUCUGGAUGACAAAGCCCGGUGUCGAGGCGGCAAAACCUUCCAGAACGCGUUUAACUUAUAUUCGGGCUUACCCGUUCGAUGAUCGGUACGAGACGGUGGCAUAUCUUCUCCCUGCGGGUGGCGCUGAAAAGGCGCGGGUUAACGUUCGUGGAGAAAAUACUAAAGUCGCAAUGCUAUUGGAUAAUGGGAAAAAUGCGGGAAUCAAAAGGAUAUUUACGACUCUUAAUUCUGCCUUCUUUUUAUACGGCUUGCUUUUUUUGGAUGCUUUGAAAUAUCUGUAUGUUCUACCGCCGAAGUACACACUACAAAGAUAUAUACAAGUUGAUAUUGAUGAUAUAUUUAUUGGAAAAACUUCAAUGAGACUGAAAAAAGGUGAUGUUAAGGACUUACUGCAAACCCAGAAGUUACUGCAAAGAAAGAUACCGGGUUUUCAAUUCCAGAUUGGUUUCAGUGGCAAAGGUUACGGCAGGGGGUCUGAUGCUGAGGAUGAAGGUGAUAACGAACUCAUUGCGCAUGCGUCGUCGUUUGCCUGGUUCUGUCAUAUGUGGGAUCAUGAACAAGCACAUAAGUUUGACAACUUGACCGUGCUCACCGCUCUAAUGGAGAAAAACAGGAGAUUUGCAAAGAAACACAAUAUUGCAAUAAAUAGUGGUUACGCAGUCAGUUCACAUCACUCAGGCGUCUAUCCUGUGCAGGAAUCGCUUUAUCAGGCAUGGAAAAACGUUUAUGAAAUUAGCGUUACGUCUACGGAGGAAUAUCCAAAUCUCAAACCAGCUUGGCGGAGGAAAGGAUUCCAGCAUAUGGGAAUUAAGGUGUUACCAAGACAAACGUGCAAUAUCUAUACUUCAACAAACUUUUUCCGAGAUAUUCAGGGUGGGAAACCAACAUUGGAUCACAUGGUCGAAGGUGGUGAAAUCUUUGAAACAAUAUUGCGAAAUCCGGUUUCGAUCUUUAUGACCCACAUGACGAAUUAUGCGAACGACAGGCUGGCGCCAUAUUUGUUUAAGAAACUGGUGAAAUUCGUACAACGCUGGACCAAUUUGAAACUGAUGUCGGCGACUCCAAAGCAAUUGGCCGAGAUAUACUUUGAGAUUUUUCCUGAUGAGAUCACACCUGUAUGGCAGAAUCCGUGUGAUUAUAAUCGACAUUUAGCGAUAUGGCCUAUCGAUAAGAGUUGUUCGCGCCUUCCAUCCCUGCUGGUCAUCGGACCUCCUCACGGUGGCCACGAAUUGUUAGGCAAGUUCCUGCAAGUACAUCCCAGGAUGAGAGGAACCCAACAAGGUGAUCUUGGGAACAUAGAGACAAACUUUUUCAGCAGCGACAACUAUCUUAAAGGGCUUGAUUGGUACAUGAACUUUUUUCCAAAACAAACAGAGCUUUACGAGAAGAUUUUCGAAGUGAGCAGCACGUACUUCGAAAGUACUGUGGCAAGUUAUCGUGCAAACUCCUUACUAAAGAUUGCCAAAAUAAUCAUUGUUUUACCUGAUCCUGUUCAGCGAGCGUACAGGCAUUACAUGUAUUUAAAGAACAACGGUGUUUCUUCGGUGGCGCAGAAAUAUACAUUUGAAGAAUUUCUUAUGGAGAAAAGCAAAUCAUCCGAAGCCAAGUCGUUAAGAAAUCAGCUGUUAACUAACGGACAUUAUGCUAAUCAUUUAACACGUUGGAUGUCGUACUACAGUUCACAGCAGGUGAUGAUCAUCAGCGAUGACGAUCUAAUAAAUCAUACAAGAACUGUCCUUAAUAAUAUUCAAGAUUUUGUCAAUAUUGAGAAACCGAUCAACUACAAUCAACUUCUGAGAUAUGAUACAAGAGAACACAUGUACUGUCCUCUGAACAGCAAUACCGUUGAAGAAUGUUAUGGCUACAAGGACAGACAUUGCAGUGAAAUUAGUGUGAAGGCGAGAGAGUAUUUACAAAACUAUUAUGCAAAGCACAACAAGAAUUUACUACGGUUGAAUCAAAAAGUACAAUUUACUGUGCCAAAGUGGCUUAAAGUUUAUGGAUAAUCCUAUAUGAUGCCUUUUAGAGAAAUAUUAAAUGUACAUAA